AUGACUUCUGGACUGGGACGAGAUGCUGGUGCUCCUUUAGUAUCUCAUCCUCAUGUUGAUAAGAUAGCAUUUACUGGGAGUAAUGCUACUGGAAGCAAAAUUAUGACUUCUGCAGCUCAACUUGUCAAGCCAAUUUGCAGUGCCACUUCUCGACUUCUUGUGCAUGAAAGCAUUGCAGCAGAAUUCUUGGACAAGCUUGUAAAGUGGUGCAAGAACAUCAAAACUUCAGACCCCUUGGAGGAAGGUUGCAGGCUUGGUCCUGUGGUAAGCAGUGGACAGUACGAGAAAGUAAUGAAGUUCAUCUCAAUAGCAAAGGAUGAAGGUGCCACCAUCUUGUGUGGGGGUGAAUACCCUCGGCAUUUAAAGAAGGGCUACUACAUCAAACCGGCCAUAAUAACAGAUGUGAAGACCUCCAUGCAAAUCUGGAGAGAGGAAGUAUUUGGAUCAGUUCUCUGUGUCAAAACAUUCAAAAUUGAAGAUGAAGCCAUUGAACUAGCAAAUGACACCCAAUAUGGUCUGGCUGCUGCUGUAUUAUCACAAGAUCUGGAAAGGGGCGAUGUUAAUACCGAUACCUGCCAACAGUGUGUGGAAACUGGUACAAGUGAAGUCCUACAACGUUGUCCCAAGCAAAAAAGGGCAACUAUCUGGUACGACUAUUGCACGUUACGCUACUCGAAUGAAUCUUUAUUCUCCAGGCCGGAGCAGUCAGUCACUUCAAACCUGACUAAUAUGCAGAACAUUACAGAUGAACCCGAGAGGUUCAGACAGGUAUUAGGGGAAACUUUGAAUGAAAUAGUAUCAAAAGCUGUAAAUAAUAAUCCCUCCAAUGAGAAGUUUGCUACAAAAAUAGCUAAAUUCACGGCGUCUGUAAGCCUGUAUACACUGGCACAGUGCAUGCCAUAUCUUACGAGUGGUGAGUGCGACUUCUGCCUUAAAAGUGCUAUCCCAAUAUUAAGAACAUGUUGUGAUAAUAAGAAAGGAGGAAGAGUUAUUGGCGAAAGCUGUAAUAUUAGGUAUGAGGUGUACUCCUUCUUUGGUUCUACUGUGGCCCCUGCACCACCGCAUACUCCAAAUAGUCCUCCUAUUCAGCCAUCGCUUCCCUCACCUUCUUCAACCAGUCAAGGAAAUGGAGGAAUUUCAAAACUAGUUAUUAUUGCCAUCGUUGUACCAAUUGCUGUUUCCUUUGUGUGUCUUUUCAUAAUCCGCUGCUUCUUGACAAGGAGAACAAGGAAGAAAGCUUACUAUGCCUUCAAUGAGGAAAAUGGAUUCUGCAUCGAUCCAAAUCAUCUAGAAGAUUAA